ACAGUAAAAAUUUUUUUUUUUGAGAGAAUUUUUCUUGUUAAAAAAUGUCAACAAAAAUGGUGCUAGGAUUUUUAUUGUUGCUGUUCGUUAUUGGAUACGUGUCGGCCUGCAACUCGCAGGCAGAUUGUCCAAACACUCAUUGCUGUGCGAAGAAGGCUUUUGUAGAAGGUGAAUUCAACUGUGUGCCCUAUCGUCAGAAAUACGAACUAUGUUUAGACGGAGGGUUAGAUGAAAUUUUGUAUGAUGGGAAAUACGACAUCACAUGCCCCUGUAAACCCGGAUUGAUGUGUCUGAAGUUCGAACAUGGUGAUGGCAGAAUGGGAUUUACAGCUUAUGGAAAUCCAACAUGUCGUAAUGUGACUGAAGAUCGAAUACUUCUGAGACAGCAAAAUCAAUACAGAUAUAUGUAUAACUCCAUUACAAGUGGAAAUGCAUAUGCCUAUGCACGAAGUCGUAAAUAACAGCAAAAGCCAGCAAUGUUCAUUUAUCAGAAGAAUAUAUUAAAAAAAAUUUGUACUUGUUUAAAGCUAUCAUUAAAAAUAAGU